AUGGAAAUAAAAAAUAAGAGCAAAUCAUUUCUUGGUGUUGUUCUAACUGAUCCAUCAUUGAGAAGACUGAUUUUUUUUACUGUAACUUCGCUAAUAAUAUGUUUUCUUCCAAUAUAUAAAGCCAUAAGAUAUAUUGUUGUUAAGGAAUAUGGUGGACUUUCGGCGUUUAAUGCUAUAUUAUAUCACUGUAUCACAAAUAUAAUAGUUAUAAUUAUAUUUUAUAUUGUCUUGCUAAAAAAAAAUAUUGGUGGUACUACCAAAGAUGUUCUUAUAAACCGAUUAAAAUUAAAAGGAAAAUGUGUAAUCGUUACAGGAGGAUAUAGAGGAAUAGGACUAGCUGCUGUCCAGGAAUUUUUAAAAUAUGAAUGCCACGUUGUUUUAGCAUGCAGAUCAAUAAGCCAUAUGGAUUCGGUUCGCGCAAAUUUAUUAAAAAAACAUCCUGAUGCGAAAAUAUAUUGCGUCGAGCUAGAUCUUGGAUCCUAUAAAAGCAUAGAAAGUUGUGCUAAUUAUAUAUUAAAAUCGUUUCCCAAAAUUGAUAUAAUAGUUAACAAUGCAGGAUUUUUGAACACAAAACUUGAAUAUAUAAAUGGACUUGAAUCAACAUUCUUUAUUAACUAUUAUGGCCACUUUUAUUUAAUUAAUCUUUUAUAUAACCGAAUAUUAACAUCAGGAACAUUAAUCGUGAAUCUUAGCAGUAUAGCACACAGUCUCUUGAAGGAAUCGGAUGUUGAUUAUGGCUUUAUUUAUGAAAAUAAUAACGAUAAUUCCAGUAAAUCAAAUCUUCUUUAUCGAAAGGAAUAUAGUUUUUCUAAAUUAUGUAUGCUUUAUUAUUCACAGCAAUUACAGAAAAGAUUUGAAAUGCAAAAAUCAGAAGCAUGUUCAGUAUCAAUAAACCCAGGUCUAGUCAAAUCAGAAUUUUUUCGAUAUGAACAAAGUUGGUUUAGAGCAAUGUGUAAAAAUUUUGCAUUCCCAAAGACAACUCUACAAGGGGCUCAAACCAUACUUUACGUAUGUCUCUUGGAUCGCCGUGAACUAGCCAAAGGAUCUUACUACUCUGAUUGCAAAUUGGAUUAUGUUCGACACUAUGCCAAGGAUAUAAAAAAAUCAGAGGAACUAUGGCGAAUUUCUGAGGAAAUACUUGCAAACAAGGGAAAAUAA